ACAAGCGUCCGGCUCUCUCUCUGUUGUUAUGUCAUGGCAUCUCAGAUCGUGGUGAUAGCGAAUCUCAUUUUUCUCUCUUUUUGCAUCUAUGUCGAUGCUGACACUCCUGCUAACUGUACCUAUGAAGAAAUAAGUGGAUCAUGGCUUUUUUCGAUCGGAGAAGGAGGCCACGACAACACUAUCGACUGCUCCUCCUUCAAACCUGUCUCUGAGCUUCACGUGACUUUGUUGUUUCCUGACGUCGCAGUUGAUUCCGAUGGAAAUGUCGGCUUUUGGACGUUGAUCUACAACCAAGGCUUUGAAGUAAAUAUAAAUGGAGUGGUGUAUUUCGCCUUUUCAUCUUACGAGAAGAGUGGUGAAAAAGUGAUCAGUUUUUGCGACAAAACCUUAAAUGGAUGGAGUCAUGCCGCAAAGGGUUAUCAUGCUGGAAAUUGGGCUUGUUACAGCGGGAAAAAAACUUCAGGAAAGGUUCCACCCAAAACAGAAUACUUCAAACCUCAACAAAAUGCUGUAAAUCAUGAGUUUAUUCCUAAUCGGGAGUUUAUUGACCAAAUAAACAGUGCACAAAGUUCUUGGAAAGCUGUGGUGUAUGAGGAAUAUAGUGGGAUGACAACAGCACAGUUAAUUUCCCGUGGUGGUGGGCUAAAGAGGCAGAAUUUCCCAAAACCAAGCAAAGUGAAAGAAGCAGAUCUAUUGAAAGCUCAAGUGCUCCCAGAAGAGUUUGAUUGGAGAAAUGUUGAUGGGAAAAACUAUGUCAGUCCUAUCAGAAAUCAAGGUAGUUGUGGCAGCUGUUAUGCUUUUGGUACUAUGGCCAUGUUCGAGGCUCGUGUACGUAUCAUGUCAAAUGGAAGUGUAACGCCAGUGUUCUCUACUCAAGAUAUUGUAAGCUGCUCUGAAUAUUCUCAAGGUUGUGAAGGGGGUUUCCCAUAUCUCAUUAGCAAGUAUGCUAAAGACUUUGGUUUGGUGGAUGAAGAUUGUUUCCCUUAUGAAGGCAAAGAAGUGCAAUGUAAGGAAAAGAGGUGCUCAAGGCAGUUUGGGACUGGGUACCACUAUAUUGGUGGGUUCUAUGGAGGAUGUAAUGAGGAGCUAAUGAGGAUUGAAUUGGUGAAGAAUGGCCCCAUAGCUGUCUCUUUUGAGGUAUAUGAUGACUUCAGGUAUUAUAAAGGAGGAAUAUACCAUCAUACAGGUCUGACGGACAAAUUUAACCCUUUUGAAAUAACUAACCACGUGGUGGCAAUCGUUGGAUAUGGAGCUGAUAAAGAGACAGGUGAAAAGUUCUGGAUUGUGAAAAACAGCUGGGGGGAGAGCUGGGGCGAGAGUGGCUUCUUCCGUAUCAGACGAGGAACCGACGAAUGUUCGAUUGAGAGCAUUGCUGUCUCAGCUCAGCCAAUACUAGAAUGAGGCGCACUUUUAAAGGGUACUCAGGACUAACCACGGUUAAUGAUCGCUAGUUGUUAUAAAUAAACAGAUGAAUUUCCCUAA